AUGGCGGUGAAUACCCGGAAGCAUCCCCUGAGGAUUCCCCCACCAUCUGAAAAGGAUUGGCAAAAGGAAGAUGAGGAAGAUUUCUUCCUGCUGGAUCCUGAUCGAAAGCGUGAUGUGCUGCCGCAGCCCUUCAGGAUGAUCAACAAACUGGUGAUGCAGGUUUUUGAGAGUGCUAUGGAAAUCAUUGAAAGGAGGGAGAUGCUCCGAGAAGCACAAAAACGAAAGGUGCAGCCCAAAAAAUGCUUUCCUACAGCUGAAUUCCAGGUAACUGGAAGAGCCAACUGCCUUGCAGUGUCUGGAAAAUACAUCUUUGUCGGUCUGUCCAUGGGUCUGUCUGCCUUCAACAUGUGUGACUUCAAGGAUGUCUGUGCUUGGAAUGCAGCCAAGACAGAGAUCUGUGCAAUCCAUGCCUCAGAUUUGGGGAAUGAGUGCCAUGUCCUGGUUGCUGUGGAUGAAAUGGGGCUUGCCUGGCUCUUCUGCUUUCACAGGGAAAGCUUCCUGCUCAUUAAAAUACUGAAUGAAGUGGAGGACAUCAGCAAGAGAAGCACUUGUGUGGAGGUGGUGCUGUCCCGAGGAGGUGAUUAUGCAGGAAUCCUGCUGCAAGACAGCACAAAAGCUUGGCUGGAGAUCUACCAAUUGCCUAAAGAUUCCUGGCUGACAGAGAUGGAAAAGAUGGCAGAAGCUGCAGAAGCUGCAGAAGAGCUGGCUUGCAGCGAGAGGAGGUCAAGCUACUCAUCUGAGGAGCUUCCUGUGUCUGCAAUCCAAGCUGAUGUAGAGCUGGAUCCCCCAGUGCUGCUGCUGACAGUGAGGCCACCCAAACCCAUUACAGGCACUAGUUUUAAGGGCCCUUUGGAUGCCUUGAAGGAAGUGGAUGAUGGCAACAUGCUUGGCUUGGGGUACAAUCACCUAAUCAAGGAUUCCCAGUGGGAACUGCAGGAAGCAAUCUUCUGUAGCACUUACCAGGAGUAUCUGGAGGCUGAGGGUGUGACCAAGGAGGAGAUCCCCAGAUAUGCUACCUUUCAUUUCCUCCUUCCUAGCCGGAUUCUGGUGGGACCAGAAACGGAACUACAGCCAGAUAUUCCAGUUGGCAUCGGUGUGCACUGGGAUGGAAACCACAACUUCUGCUUGUACUUACUUAACCGUUCAGUCAAAGCGAGUAAGAAAAACUCUGAUCUGAAACCUGAUGUUGUGUGGCCAUGUGCAGCUCCAAUUGCAUGCUCGGCUGUCAGCUCCUGCUCCAGGUACCUGGCACUGGCAGGUGAAGAUGCAACAAUAACUAUUUGGGAUAAGCACCUAGGAUACCCACUGUCUGUGACUGCCAUUCUAGAGGAACGUUUCAUUCGUAGUAUCCACUUUCUGUGUGAUUCUGCAGCUGCCAAUGAUAAGACACGUGAUACAGAUCCUGUCUGUAGUGUCUAUCCCAUCAUACAGCUUCUAGUGCUGUGUACAGACAGCUCUUUCUAUUUGGUGAAAGCCUCCAGGGCUGGGAAGUCCAGCAUCACACUCCUGGCAGACAGGCCUGAAAAUCCAAAUCUUACUGUCAGUGCAGUGAUGCCUGUCCUGGCCUUCCCCAGUGCAGUCCUGAUCUUCUCCUGGGAUGGCUCAGUGUCCCUGAUGAACACUGACACAUCACAGACUGUUUACUGCUUCUGCACUCCACCUUCUCAUGCUGUAGCACCCCCCUGGCAGCCAGUGUUCACAGUGGAUAGUGUGAACUGCUGCUUGCUGCUCCGAGGAGUUGAGCAUCAGCAGGCAGAUGAAUUGGUCCAGAGCAAAGCCACUCACAGCACCAUCUUCCUUUUUGAUUUCAAGUCCUACCCACUGAAGGAGGCUUUCCCAAAGAAACCAGAUUUGCCUCUCAAACCCUUGCAGGAACUGCAGUGGAUUGAGAGAUGUAACAUUUUCUUACGUGAUAGGUUUCACUUUCUGCCUGAGAGGCAGCAGGUACUGCUGGAAAUGGAGGAGCAGGAAUACUGGGAUUGUCUGCAGGCACAAGCAGCUGCUAUGGACAAUGAGAGAGAGAAAGUGAAGGGAGAGAAGAAGCAGUAGCCAGCCUUGCAUCCUGAGGGCCAGGCUCAUGAUCCAGCACUGACAUUUUGAUAGACACUAUUGCAAUCAUCUCUCUCCCAGAGACCUGGAGCAUCAGAGCAAUCUGGUAUGUUAC